GUUAACCCGACACAAGUGUCUGCAGGCUUGGAAGGUAAACAACGGGAUCGUCGCCGGACUGAAUGAGUGGCUGAGUCGUUGACCCUGGCCACGAAGAACUCAUACCUGGAGAGUGAACUGACUGAGAGACAUGCAAUCCGCAAAUAAGAGCGUAUUCGUGGCCUAUUUUCUAUGGCUUGUCGGGGGCUUGUUUGGUCUGCACCACCUGUACCUGCGGAGGGACCUGCAAGCCUUCCUCACCGCCUCCACCCUAGGUGGCUACUUCGGCGUCGGAUGGCUUAGAGACCUGGUUCGCAUUCCUGAGUACGUGUCCGACUGCAAUGAAGACAAGGACUACCUCGAGAAGCUCACGACACGGUUCAAGGAACACGCUAAGCCACCUUUCUCCAGCAUCCGCUUCAUGAGCAUGGUGCUCGUUUCGUACAUAUGGUCAUGUAUUUUCUGGAUGGCCAUUCCAGAGGACGAAGUCGGUGGCAUCAACUUCAGGCCUCUGAUCUACUUGACACCCAUUCCUUGCGCCCUUGGAGUCUGGGCUGUUGGCAACGUUGGACGUGAGAGAGGCGCCAUUUGGUGGCCCCUUGGGAUUGCAUUUGCUACAACUCCAGUUCUGUGGUUCUGGGAUGAUGGCACCUGGUUCACAGCUAUGACCUUCUGUAGCAGCUUUGGCUUUGACACCCUAGCUAAACAGUGGAGGAAGACCUACCCCAAAAAGAGAUCCCUGAGAAGUCGGAUCCUGGUUCUGAGCUUCUGCACCCUACUCUACUGCGGCUUAUUCACAAGCUACUUGUACUUCAAUGGCAAAAUUACUGACAGUGAUGGCGAGGAGAUCAAAUUCCAAGAUGCAGUGCAUCACUUCUUCACCUCUCCCUGGUGGUUGGACCUGAAACAGUCUCUGGUCGACACUUGGACGUUUGCUCAACAUCAUGGCUGGGCAGAAGUUUGGAAGCAAAUAAUAGACCUCUCUGAUCCUCAUGGAGAAAUAAAUGCUCAUAAGGUACUCGGCGUCAGCCAAACUGCAACUCAAUCUGAGAUUACGGCCAAAUGGCGUGCACUGUCAAGAGAAUUCCACCCAGACAAGGUGAAGGAUGAAUUGGAAAGGAAUAAAGCACAGGAAAGGUUCAUGGAAAUACAACAGGCCUAUGAAGUUCUCUCUAAAAUGCGGUCGAAACGAACGGCCAAGAACAAAAAAUCCAUUGACUUGUGAUUUAGUUGAACGACUGAUCUGCAGGUACUAUUCUGUGAUAGUUCCUUUCGAGCAAAUCUCACUAUAUUCCAUUUUUCGGCCAAAUUUUUAAUAAUAUUUAGUUCUACGAUGACGCACAGUUUACUAAUCAAAGUUUAGCCAGAUUUGGCUCCUUAAAUGAGCCAUGUGUCUUCAUUUAAAUUGUAAUAUUAAGUGAUCUGACAAUUGUAAUAUUGCUGUUGCUAUGUGUUUUAUAGCUAAGAAAUAUAAGAGUGUUUAUCUAUGAACAUUCCGAAAUCAGACACUAAUGUCGCAAAAUGUAAUAUUUUAUAAAGGAAAUUUUGAAUAAAAACUUUUAUUCUGUAACUUAUAA